UCGUAAUCGGGCCUUGAAGGCGCUCGUCGCUUCGUUGUGAUUCAUUUCGCAUUCGUAUUUUCCACUCCUGUCAGCCAACGUCGUCGCCCGUCGUUCCAAAGUCGAGAUCGCCAUUACGAGUCGUCUGCUCACCCAGCCAACGUUGUGCAACUGUGCUAACCGAUUCGUGUUUAAACCGCCGUUUCGUUUUCGUUAAUUAUGUUUAUUAGUGCCAGUGAGGCAUUGAAUUUAUCAGAAAGUACGGAAAGUAAUAUAUCAGAGAACUGUCUUGAAGCCAUGCCUGCGUUAAUUAAUAAAAAGUCCUUCAUGAUGAGCAGUAAACGUUCCGCCGAUAGCGAGUCGUCCGAGGACAGCCUCUCUAACUCCAUGUCUCUGGGUGCAGGGCCUCUGUGGUGGUCCGAUGCCCCUGGGCACCCCAGGGGCGCUCCGCCGCCAUUGCGGCUUACUUUCCGCACUGGACGCCAGCCUUGGGAUGCCGUGCUCAGCGGCAGGACGCUCUACAUCGCCCUGCCGCCGUGCAUGCUGCCUGAAGGCUCCCGUGAGGCAUUCGUUUCCUUGCUGGAGGCUGCCGAGGAGAAGCUGAAUUGCCAGCACGUUGUCGUUGUGUUCCCAAGUGAUCGCACCGACCGCGCAAUGCUGGUGAGGACGUUCAUGUUCCUCGGCUUCGCAGUGUUGUCGCCGACAUCACCGAUCAUCCCGCCUCAACAAGCAGCUGGAAACAUCUGCAUGCUCUACACCAUCGAGUAGUCCGAAACGAAAGCCUCGGGACCCUUGCCUUGCCUGUCCACACAUAUUAAAUUAAUUGAUAUAUCACCUAUCUUAAACAAAAACAAAACAAGAAACGAAUAUUUUCUAUUUCAAUUCGAUCGCAUUGCGCACGCGUAUUUGUAUCAGCUGCGCGAAUGAAUUCUUCUUACUUUUACGUUAUAACUAUUUGGAUCAUUCACUCACAACGAUAACGAUUUUCAUAACUAUAACGGGAAUGAUAAGCUAAUGAAUCAACUCUCUUGGUAGAUUAUAGUUGGCUUAGUAUGUUGAUAUAUAAACUAGUAGUCGGUUAGGUGUUUUUUAGAGAAAACAACACAAACUUAUAAGAUAAUCGAUUUGAAUGCUUUUUCAUGAACUAAAAGUGUCAACAGCUGACGAUAUGUGGACAGCGACGCAAGGGAGCAUACUUUAAAUCGUGCGAACUUAAGCCGUAGUACUUGUGCGGAAAUAUAACCCCUAAAAAAAUGAUGAAAAAAAAUACAAAAAAAGUACAAAAUCUUACGAAAAACACACAAAAAAAUGAGAUAGAUUUUUGAGUAUACAUAAAUAUAUUAAACAAAUCAUAGUUUAUUAUUAUAUUACGGAUAUUUAGUUAUAAAUAUUUGGAAGUGGGUGAUUAUUUGUUAUCACGACGCAACAAAAACUUAUACGAAUGGAAUAUGAGCGGAAAUUUUUAUUAGGACAGACGGUUAUCGAAACAAAUAGUCAGUAUUUAAUGAUUCAACGAUUUUUUUAUUUUGUCUUCAUUCCAUCACAACACAAAAUGUAUUUUAGUUGUCUUGUCGGUUGCGUUCUUGCUUCUUCUUAAUGUAACUUUAAUAUUUUAUUAGUUCGAUAUUGUGUACGUGUAUCCAAUUCGCAAAUUAUUGUUCAAUACAUACCAAUAUUAUAAUUUA